UUAAUGGUCGGUUGACUUGGGAGUAUCUGGUGGUCGGCUGGGCACCAUCAUUGCGUUCUUAUGGGUAUACCGUAAAUAAAAGGGUGCUCUUAAUUGGUGGUCGGCUGAUUAAGCGUAUUCGGUGGUCGGCUGGCCCAAGUGAUGGUGGUUGCGCUCCUGAGUUAAUGACCAUAGAUAAGGCUGCGGCGCGGCGGAACGUACGGCUUGUACCACGGCCUUGCCUCUGUUCAAACAUAAUUGACACAACAAACAAGCUUUUAAUGAAUAGAUUGAAAAUCAAACGCGACUACACAUGGGAUCCUGUCACUAAUGAGGCUACAAAAUAUAUUGACGAAUUAAUCGAUAAUUCUGACACUCGCGAUAAAUUCCGUUGCAAGCUUCAACUUUCAUUUGUUCCACCAAAUAAAAUAUACUCAUUUAGCAAACACUGA